GGUUAAAAAUACAGUAUGCAAAGCAGACGGGGUGUAAAGUUGUUUGCAGGUCCAGGAAUUACUGUACCUUCUAUGUAUGCCUAGAUUUGCAUGGGCAUCCAAUUUUGUAUUCGUAACAGUAACAGUGUUUUCUGUGGUUCAAACAGCCCUCGUCAGUUUCUGUUCUAUCAGCAUUACAGACACGCAGAGGAGAACAAUGGGGGUGGCUGGUGCAGGACUAACAUAUCUUCUCUUCUCUACUUUGCUAUUCUCUGGCUUUCUGGCUCAUCAAGUACUAGCGGACUCUCUCUGUGUACCGUAUCAGUGCCUGAACUGUAGUGCAUCUGGAAACUGCCAGCUGUGCUCCAACACCUCAGUAGCCAACAGUACCAGCUGCAUUGAUGCUCCCAAAAUCUGCAUCAUAGAUGCCGCUGUAAAGCUGAUUGCUGAGUCUUUCCAGGUUGAAGAACGAUCUGCACUGACUGUGUACUGUAAUCAUAGCCUGCCUCAAAACAUGAACACAAAUUUCAUGUGGCUACUAAAUAACAAUGAGAUGAUGGGUGAAAUCAACAGGAGCCUGGUUGUGAAGAUCAAUGAGACAAUAAAACUGGCCUGCACGGUGUUCAGUCCAUGUGGAAACUUCAGCUCUAACUCUCAAGAAAUAACUAUCAAAGAUGGAAGUGGGCUCAUUAUCCUGAUCUGUGGAGUAGGAGCUGUGGUGGUUAUUGUCAUUCUGGGUGUUGUCAUGAAAAUUAUAAUAAAAAGAAAUGAAGUCCAAAACGAGGCAAGGAAGCGUCAGAGACAAGCACGCAUGCAGAACAUCAGCAGCACCACCGAGGUCACAGGAUACUGGUGAAGAGAGAAAGAAAUGUAUUGUUCUAUACAGCGAAUGUUGAGAAGACAUUAGCCAAAAUUGAGUAAUAAGAAAUUGUAAAAUUGACCCUGCUAUUUGCUUGGCUGAGAGGCGUUUUAUGAGUGACAUUAUCAGCAGAUAAUGCACUGUAACCGAAGCUCUCCAUGUAUUACUCCACCACAUACAGAUAACCUAGCAACAAUGCAGCGCUUACAAACCAAGUGCAAUAUCAUUUGAUGUCACCAUUGGGAGAUGCUAGAUCCCAUAGGCACAAUGAAUAAGCGUCAUAUCUCUAAUAAGCAGCGCAGGAAAAGAUGCUGUCCCACAAAUAAAUAAGCCCAGCAAUGCGAAAAUACACAUUAUUACACACAUUAUCAGCCACCAAUAUCAGGUUUUCUACAAUCUACAUAACUCGGCCUUCUGCCUUGUGCCUACGACCGCAUGAUCACAGCAGUGCCAAUAUGCCACAUUAUAGCAUGAGUGUAUUAUUGCUUAAUUAUUUAUCUAAUUAUCUACAUUGUCAAACACAGUCCGGGUCGGAACAAGAUUUCCCACCACUUUCCUCAGGCCCUGUUAAUUCAGGCUCCAGAAAAUGGUUUGAUUUAUUUUAUAUAAGCUAUGUCGUUGAAAGUUUUUAGGAGUCGCACAGGUGCACAUCUGACUGAUAAAAACCAGGACAACGAUCUACGGUCAGCCGCGAAAUCAUGUCUGGAUCACCAUGCGCACCUCGCCCAGAGCCUUUAGAAAUCAACUAUAUAAUAAAAUAUACUUAAAAAUGUGUACAGUAACUAUAAGUUAUUAUUAGAUAUGUUUUGGUCUGACAUUUAUAAGGAUUUAUAUUUAUGUUCAGUACAUGGACUUUAUUAUAUUAUGAAGUAUACUUUAAGCACAAUGCUAACAUUAAUAAUGCUAAAAUCUAUUUAAGAAAUACAUCCAAAUAAUAUUCAUGUAAAAGAGCUCUUGUAUCAGAAUGUGUAUUGUUAUUGUCUGCUGUGCAUCUGAUUCUGCGUAAGUUUCAUUCAAAAAUCACAUUUUGUGGAGAAUAAAUAUG